AUGGCUGAAGAGACUUCUCCCGAGAAGACCUCCGCUGAGGAGUCGUUCCUGUCGCAGCCUAGCUCUGAUGCUCAAGGCCAACUGACCGCGGCCGUCGACGAGCUUCUCGAUCAGCUGCAGAGCAAAUUCGAUAACGUCUCGAAGGAGGUCUUUGGAAAACUGGACGACAUGACCCGCCGCUUGGACGAGCUCGAAACAUCUCUCGCAGGCUCGGCAAAUGAAUCAGCCUCUGCAACACCUACCAAAUGA